UUACCCGUUUCCAGCUCUCCGAGUAUACUUUUUGACCUUUACGAACUCGGGGUUCUUUUUUUCGAGAAGAGAAUCUGAUAAGAGUGUUUCUCCUUUUUUCUCCGAUGAAUCGGCGAUUCCUUUUGGUACUGACCUCGUUUUCCUUCGCCAUUUUAUUUUAUUUCCUCGGCGCCCUUUUCUCAGGUCAGGGUAAAAGCAUCAAUGGAUCAUUUGGUUUGAAGCUAUUGAGGGUAAGGCUCAAUCAAAGGAACAUCAACACCCUUUUCACCCCACAUCGCAAGCUUCUGCGUGCAGUAAGGGCGGAACCGAACCGGAUACGGGGAGAGAAGUGUAGCAAAGCUGACAUAAAGAUAAACCAGGGAUCUACUGCCCCUCUACCGAGUGGCAUUCCUACCUACACGGUCGAAAUACUCAACAUUUGUGCCACGGGCUGCAAUAUCUCUGGGAUUCACUUAACCUGCGGCUGGUUCAGCUCGGCUCGUCUCGUCAACCCGACUGUAUUCAAGCGCCUGAGCUACAAUGACUGCCUUGUUAACGACGGCAAGCCCUUGAUCAGUGGUGGGGUUCUCGAGUUUCAAUAUGCUAAUACCUUCUCUUACCCUCUUUCAGUCUCUAGUGUGGUGUGUUCUUAG